AUGGAAGGCAAAUCUGAUGAGACGGUGGGAGAGACUGACUCGAAUCCUAAGCUGUGGGUUGAUGUCAUUAAAGGAAAUCGUCUCCCAUCGAAUGGUAGCGAACUAUCAUACACGGCACCACAUGUCAUUAAUGGAGAGAUUGAAGUUCAACUUGAAGCAUCAGAUGUGGCAUCAGAGAUGGAGUUCUGGAAAAAUGCUCUGAUCAUGUAUGCUAUUGGCAACGAACUCUCGAUGAAUGCAGUCAAGAAGUUUAUGACCACCACGUGGAAUUUUGUGACAUUACCAGAUCUAUACUAUAAUGAAGAAGGCUACUUCAUCAUCCGAUUCAAAGAUAGAGUGGAUAGGGAUGCAGUAUUAAUGAGAGGCCCGUACUCUAUCUUCAAAAAACCUAUUCUGCUCCAUGAAUGGAACCCGAAGUUUACUCUGCAGGAUGAUAUUUUGAGGGUUUUACCUAUUUGGGUAAUGUUCCCUCAGUUGCCUCUGUAUUGCUGGGGGGAUCAGAGUAUAGGGAAAAUAGCUAGUGCAAUUGGUAAACCUAUCAUGACGGAUGAGUGUACAGCAAAAAAGCUCCGGGUAUCUUAUGCUCGUGUGCUUAUUGAAGUAGAUGUUACUCAAGACUUAAGACAACAUAUCACAAUCAGGAAUCCGCAGGGUGAGAAAAUGAUUCAGCAGGUGGAAUAUGAAUGGAGACCUCCUUUUUGCAAAAGUUGUAAUAAGGUAGGACAUGAAUGUAAACCAAAGCUGGAUGGAGGUAAGCAGAAGAAAGAACCACCAAGGGUAUGGGAGCAGAAAAAACCACCUGAGCAGCCUAAAAGCUCAGAUGAAGUGAAUAAGCCCAUAGUGCAGCCAACAAACUCAGAGGUUUUAAGUAGCCCUGCUGCUCAAGUGAAUGUGGAAGCACCUUGGAAAACCAUCCAAAGUAAAAGUAGAAAAGGCAAGGAACAUGCAGAUGUUAGGGUUGAAACCAGGAAUGGUUUUGAAGGUCUCUUGAUUGGUGAGAGCUCUCAUAUUGAGGGUGUUACAUGA